GCUCGUCAUUCCUCAAAGACGAAGCAGAGACUGAGACAAUGUUCCGUGACCUCAGCAGCAGAAAAGAGCAAUGCAACUCUGGGAACCAGGAAAGCUUACCUGCUUCCGAACCCUCCAACACUGUAGAGGGCGAGGCAGUAGAGGAUCGCGAGAUGAUGCUUGCAAAGGAGAGGAAAAGGGCAAAGAGGGCAAGAGACAAGCAGAGACAGAAGGAAAAGGCCCGUCUGGCAAGAUGCCAGACAAAGAAGCAGUCCUCUCCGAACCUGCACCAUUUCGAGCAGACAGAAGAAAACUCAAAGCGCAGUGCACUUGAUUCGGAUGUGUGGGACGUCGAAGGAAAGGCAGAAGAACUUGAAGAGGAACUUGUUCGGCAGCUCUUUACGACAGAACAAGCCGACGAAGUCCCUACUAUUACGAAGAGCUCCCCAGAGGGGGAAGAUUCAUCCAACGAUGAAUACCGCGUGCCCCAACCAGGUCGCCAUGGAUGCCAGAGCGCACCCGUCACGCCCGCCCUCCCUCACGGAAUUGAAAAAGCACGAGGAUUCUUCGUUGCCUCAGCACCCUUCUCCGACCUCGCCUAUGGCGUGGAUGAAGCGCAGCGCGAGCGAAGAAAACAGCCGCGAUCCGGCUUCGUGCAAUGGCCACCUUGUCGAACCCGGCAAAGACAGAAGCAGGAUUAUGAGAAGCAGCAGCAUGCCAAAUGCCACGGUCUUGCUGGAGAAGGGCAUCAACACGCUCAAACUCGACAGCAGCCCCAGGUCGACGCCCACAAUUUCAAAUGAGGCUUCCUCUUCUCCCUACUUGUCCGAGCAGGGCCGAUCGCCCAAUGUCGAUACCAGCAACACAAUCCCGGACUCAAUUACCGAAGGCGAGCCAGACAUAUCGGGCGAUAAGCAUGCCAUUUGUGAGCGAGAAGUCUCACCCGAGGACAAUCAAGCGAGGACUGCAAGCAACGAUCAAGAGCAGAUUCAUUUGAGCCAGAGCGAGACAAGUACCACAAGUCCCGAAGAGGACGUUUACGAUGAUAGCGUUGGACCCAUCUACAACGCGGCAGAUCAGUACAGGUUGGCGAUGCUCAAGUUGGCACCAAUACUUCAGAACAAUCUCGACACGAUCAUUGCAAUCUACAAAGCUGGCAAGCGUUUGGUAACUGUUGAAAAUUUCCUGGUCGAGAUCCUCGACGAGCAAGGUCACUGUCAGAUCGUCUCGCCGCAAUACCACCCACACCACCGCUCACGCUCUCAAGACUACGGCAUGGUGUCGGAUGACGAAGAAGAAAACGAUGACGAUGAAGGAGAGGAAGUGGGUAGCAGCGGAGCGGGCUCAACAGAGUCCUAUGACUCUACCGAGCCGCUCGGUCACGAAAUGCACCACCGCAACACCUCUUGGGUCACGGGGAUGACAAAUCUUCGUAGCGUUCCUAGCCACACGAGCAUAGAAUCCGGUCCAGGAGCAGAACAAGGCAAGAAUGCCCUGUCCCGUGUAAGAGACAAGCCGCUAUUUGAAGGGUUUGUCAACGAAUGGAGGGAAACCGAGUCCUGCAAAGGGCGGUCGCUUUCGUCGUAUAAUCGGGAGAAGAUGCCCGGGAGCAGUGCUUUCGCUGACAUUCAUGAUUGCGACAACGCUAUUCGUCCAAGUAAAUUGAGCCCUGCGCUUCAACGUGCCAAGGCUCGCCUCCGUGAAAAAGGUAUCACCGCUGAUGGGUACUCUCGCGAACAGGCCACGAGAGCUCAUCAGGCGGGAUCGCUUGACAAAUUGAAGCAAGGCGUCCACUCUAUUGAGCUAGGUCCCUUGACCAUUUCUAGAGAUCAUAUCGAGGGGUCGUUACUCAUCUAUCAGCACCACCAAGCGACGUUACAAGCAAGGUCGAACAGCGGCGUUGGAGUCGUCGACGCACCUCGUUCGGAGCGACGCAAAGCUCAGGCAGCGGCCCGAAGCGAGAGUCGCUGGAUGUCUAUCAAGAAGCGCGAGAUCAUAAAGAGCAAACGGCCGAUGAGGCCCGCCGAGCAGGCCGAGGACGGCACCAUCACCAUUGAGGAGGCGCCCUUACGUGCUUACGCUGGCUCGGAACACCGGCGGCUGCCACGACCCAUGAUGGCGCGCAAUCUUCUCUCGCGUCAGUUCGGCGUCCGAAUCGGAAACGAAAGCGAGUGGGCAAAGCGGGAAACUAGAUUGGCGAUCAGCUCGUCACACCUCGAGCGCCAAUUACAACCGCAUCAUCAUCGUCACCUCUUUCAAAGGCAGAGCCAGCAGCAGAUGCCAUUGAAUGGACGAGUGCAUCACGAAGAUGCUGCGUCUGCUGUAAAGUGGCAACAGCAGCCGCAGCAGCAAUCACGUCUCUUUUCGCUUGAAGAUGCCAAUGGCGGCAACGCCAAUCAAUCCAACCUCGCGGGCCCCAACAAGACCCUUACAGCCGCUACUCACGAAUCUUGACGAGAAAACAAAGAAAGCCCUUCUUACUUUCAUGUCUCUUCCCCUUUCCCUUCAUUACAUGUAAGCCCAGCCUCAUCUUCGGGUGCCCCUUUCCGUAUCCCAGUUCAUUCAUGUCGCCUCGUAACAUUCGGUCGUCAAAUCUAG